AUGACAAUCACACGCCUUUUCUUUCUUCCUGCUAUUUUUGUUGCUGCCACCUUACUACUUUGGUUGUUAAUUUGUUAUGCACCUGAAUGGCCUCAAAUUGCGGAAACAUCAAAAAUAACUGAUAAAAAUAGGACAACAGAUAAUAUUGAAAGGAAAAAUGUUGAGAAAAAAUUUAUGAGUGAAGGAGACGAUUCAUUAUCUUCUCCAGCUCCAUUUGUAUUAGAAUUACCUACUCAAUUUGAAAAUUUUACUUCUUUCACUGCCCGCUUCCGGCUUUAUGAACAAAGGCAUAACGCCUACAUAUUUACAUUAUUUACCUGUAUUUAUUUGUAUAAACAAACAUUUGCUAUCCCUGGGUCUUUUUUUAUGAAUAUUAUUGCCGGUGCAAUUUAUGGUCUACCCAUUGGCUUUCUACUCUGUUCCGUUUUGACUACAAUAGGCUCUACUUUGUGUUAUUUAUUCUCAGAAUUAUUUAGUCGAGAAUAUGUUUUGUAUUAUUUUGGAGAAAAAAUUAAUUAUUUACAAAGGAAAGUGGACGACAAUUCCCACAGAUUGUUAGCUUUCCUUUUAUUCGCAAGAAUGUUUCCGAUCUCACCAUCCUGGCUCCUCAACAUUGUUGCUCCUUUUCUAAACAUUCCUUUACCGUUGUUUACUUUUUCUGUGCUUGUUGGGCUCGCUCCAUACAACUUUAUUUGUGUUCAGGUAAUUUUUCUUUGUUUCCGGAAAAACAUUUAUAAAACAGUGUUUGGAUAA